AUGUCAUCAAAACAUUUCUCGAAUGACCCCUCGGCACUUGUCAUCGCCGGACUCCGGUCCCUAACAGCGAUCAACCCAUCUGUUGCGUUUGACGAAGCUCAGAAGACUGUGUUUCUGAAGGCUGCCGUCACCGAUCCCAAGGUCGCCGUCAUUUCCGGCGGUGGGUCCGGCCAUGAGCCGUCUUUCGCCGGCUUCGUCGGCAAGGGGCUUCUCUCCGGCGCGGUAGCUGGCUCGAUCUUUGCCUCGCCUUCUGCCGAUCAAGUCUUCCGUUGCCUCCUCCGACUGGGAUCCCAGCGCCGGGAGAACGGCAUCCUCGUUGUCAUUAUGAACUACACCGGCGAUGUCCUGCACUUUGGCAUGGCUGUGGAAAAAGCACGAGCUGCCGGCAUCCGAUGCGACAUGCUUGUUGUCGGCGAUGAUGUUGGUGUUGGGCGGUCCAGGUCCGGAAGAGUCGGAAGGAGAGGUCUUGCUGGUACAGUGAUUGUUCAGAAGAUUGCUAGUGCACUCGCAGCUCAAGGGCAUGACUUGACCGAAGUUCACAACAUUGCCUCACAGGUUGCUGAAAAUCUCGUCACCGUUGGCGCCUCUCUUUCUCAUGUCCAUGUGCCAGGCAGGGCACCUUCAGGAGAUGAUCUGUCGUCAAACGAAGAGAUUGAGAUUGGCAUGGGCAUUCACAAUGAAGAGGGCUUCGGGCGGGUCAAAGACAGUUUGUCCGGCGUUGUUUCCACUAUGUUGAACCAACUUCUGGACCAACAGGAUACGGACCGAGCAUUCAUCCGCAUUCAGAAGGAGGACAAGGUUGUCUUGAUGAUCAAUAAUCUCGGCGGUCUCAGUCAACUUGAGCUAGGUGCGAUCACCAACGAGGUCAUUUCACAGCUUAGGGAGGGACAUGGCAUUCAGCCAAGAAGAGCCCUGAGUGGUACCUAUAUGUCCAGCCUGAAUGGCUUGGGCUUCAGUAUUACUCUUCUGAAGGUUGUUGAUGAGAGCUGGGUCCAGUUGAUUGAUGCUUCUACCGAAGCUAGUGGAUGGUUGCCCACUAUCACCACUGCAGACCUGCCCGAGAACCAGAAAGCCACGACGUCUUCCCAGGAGAAAGACAUUGUCACUGACGAGGAACCUGUAGGAACUAACCUCAGAGGUAACAAGGACACUUAUCCAUACGAGAGACUACCAGCUGAUUCUUCUUUAGUCGACGUUGCUGUGACUAAAUCUGUCCUGAUUAGUGCUCUGAAUCAUGUCAUUGCUGCAGAGCCGGAAGUCACCAAGUACGACACACUAGUCGGCGAUGGAGACUGUGGUCUCUGCCUGAAGACCAGCGCUCAGGCGGUGCUAGCAUACAUCAACCAACAGCAAAGUCUAGAGACAGAUGCCGGAAAGCUUGUUGACAACAUCGCUCGUGUUGUGGAAGCCAACAUGGAUGGCACCUCUGGAGCUCUUUAUGCCAUCUUUUUGAACGCCCUCGCUCACGGGCUUAGAACUCAGUCACAGCAGACCCAACAAGAGCAGCAAGCUACCAGUGAAAUCUGGGCAAAGGCUCUCCAGUCGGCGUUGUCGGCUCUUGGAAAAUACACACCAGCGCAGCCGGGAGACCGGACGGUAGUUGACGCCCUGGCGCCUUUCGUCUCCACAUUCGCGGCGAGCAGCAGUUUGAAGGACGCUGUUGAGGCAGCAAGGAAGGGGUGUGAGUCUACCAAAGGCAUGGAAGCGAGCUUGGGCAGAUCCGUGUAUGUGGGUGGAGAGGAGUGGAAGAAUUGUCCCGACCCGGGGGCGUAUGGACUUGUCAAGCUGUUGGAGGGUUUGAUCGCCAGCCCGUGA